AUGUCUUUUGUUCCUGUUAAUCCCAAGCCAUUCUUAAGUGAUCUCACUGGUAAACCUGUUUCUGUCAAAUUAAAGUGGGGUGGUGAAUAUCAAGGCUAUCUUGUAUCUGUAGACAAUUACAUGAACUUACAGCUCGCAAACACAGAAGAAUUUCAAAAUGGUGUUUCUGUUGGAACCCUCGGUGAAGUGCUGAUUAGAUGUAACAAUGUCUUAUACAUUCGUGGGGUAGAUGAAGAUGCAAAAAUGGAGUCCGCAGAGGCUUAA